AUGGACGCGCGAACGGUCCUCGACAUUGCCACGCGUGUCUCAGUGGCAUUGGCACGCGUAAUCUGGUUUCCCAUCAGUAAAGCCAUCAAUCUAGUCAUCAUACUAUUGCUGCCAUUCUACAACGUCAUCACUUUCUUCCUACUGCCAUUCAUCCAUCUUGGACAGGCAAUCAUCAGAGUGCUGUCCAUACCAUUCAGCGUCAAGUGGUUGGAGAGAAUAGAGACACUAUACGUCUACCUCGGAACAGCCAGCCUUAUAGGAUGCAUCACCGGCACCGUCCUCUUUGUUAUCUUUAGGUUUCUUUCAUCAACUCUCAAGAUCGAUACACCCGUUGUUCCUAGGGAGCCUGAAAAGGGAAGAACAGCCGCGGAGUACAGAGCUGCGCGACGUGUGAAGAAGGAGGAUUCCAUCGACCAUUCACCGAGUGCAACCCCUGUAGUGUUGAAAAAGGUGGCCGGGCCUCGCAGGCGAGGUCUACUCUCUCAAGCCAUUAUCGAAGAGGAGGAUUCAGACUUUUGAACGCGGUCAACGCGGAUCAACGGCGUUGUUAGACAUGUUCAUAUCAGACACCAGAGUAGAAUGUCCAGAAUCUCUCCAAUGCGAUUCUGUUUGUGAACUGGGUCCGCAAUGUGAUGGUGUUGCCGUUUGACUCAGGCCGAAUUCGAACUUGUUUGUGGUUUUUGUGCCACCAUCAUCCUUUGCAU